ACCAUUGGCAUUUCUAACUAUAUUUGGCAAAUCUUAAUUCUCACCCUCUUCUCUUUUUCUUAGCCUAUCAGCCCACAUUUUGCAUUUGCUUAAUUUCGUUCGCCAUUGGAGAUAGCUUUUACCUCAUUUUGUGAAAACAAGUACGAGCAGCCCUCGUGAGGGCGAGGCGCGCGCAUUCUAGUGCGCGCACCACCAUCUCCAUCCAUGGCCCUCGUAAACCACAACGUUGCUGCUCGGUUGCUCCCUUGUGCUCUCGUCCUGCUAUCUGUUACAUUAAAUCUUGCUAUCACCGCGUUUUCAGCUCCCACCGAAGCUGAAGUCCUCCUCAAGUUCAAAGCUUCGUUGGGUGACAGUGUUGCUGCAUUGUCGAGUUGGGAUCCUGCUAAACCUCCAUGUCCAGGUGGUUCUUGGGCAGGUGUUCUUUGUCAAGAUGCCAGCGUAUGGGGAUUGAAACUACAGAAUAUGGGAUUGAAGGGUAAAUUUGACAUGGAAAUCUUGAAAGAUUUGCCUCUUUUGAGAACUAUCAGUAUAAUGCAAAACGAAUUUGAAGGAGCAUUCCCAAAUGUGAGGGCUAUAAGUGCACUCAAAUCCAUUUAUUUCGCCGACAAUAAAUUUUUUGGGGAAAUCAAAGCAGAUGCUUUUGACAAGAUGACUGGACUAAAGAAGAUUGAUAUAUCACAUAAUCAGUUAACAGGUUCGAUUCCAACAUCGCUGACAACCUUACCAUUGCUUACGGAAUUGAAGCUUCAACAAAACUCUUUUACUGGUCAGAUACCAAAUUUUCAACAAGACAGGCUAACACUUUUCAAUGUAUCCGCCAAUCAAUUAGAUGGUCCGAUCCCUGACAAACUCACAAAACUCGACGCAACUGCAUUUAUGGGCAACGACGAACUCUGCGGUGGGCCCAUGCCUCCAUGUCCUUCUCCGACAAAAGUACCAGUUGGAACCAUUAUCCUUUGUGUAUUACUUGCAGUGGCAGCACUGGCGUCAAUAUUUGUGGCUAUUGGCAUCCUUCGGCGUCGUAAAGAAGACCCUGUAGCACAAAACCAAAACGUCCCACCUGCAUCGCAAGUCCACAAGAAAGGACCCUCUGUGGAUAUGGACAGCGUGGAAAAAGGAGUGCCUCCUGCAGAAAGUGAACCUGUCAAGAACAGUAAUCAAAUUAGUGUGAGGUUGACAUUCUUGCGAGAAGAUGUAGAGAAAUUUGACUUGCCUGACUUAUUGAAAGCCUCUGCUGAAAUAUUGGGGAGCGGGGUUUUUGGAUCUACGUUCAAAGCAGCUAUUGGAGCCUCUCGCCGGGUUAUGGUUGUGAAGAGAUUUAGACAAAUGAAUAAUGUGGGAAGAGAAGAGUUCCAGGAGCAUAUGAGAAGGUUGGGAAGGUUGAGACACAACAACGUGCUUCCUCUUGUGGCAUUUUACUAUAGAAAAGAAGAAAAGCUUUUGGUUACAGAAUACAUUGACAAUGCAAACUUGUCUGUGUAUCUACAUGGAAAUCGCGGUCGCGGAGUACCUAGCCUAGACUGGCCAAAGCGGUUGAAAAUUGUGAAAGGUGUAGCCAGAGGACUUCUGUACCUUUACAACGAGCUACCAAGCAUAGUCGCACCUCAUGGUCACCUCAAAUCUGCGAAUGUUCUUCUCAACGAUUCGUGGGAACCUCUACUCACCGACUAUGCCUUAUCUCCCAUAGUUAACCAAGAUCAAGCACAUGAGCUCAUGAUCGCAUACAGGUCACCCGAAUAUAAGCAACAAAGCCGCAUAACCAAAAAAACGGAUGUUUGGAGCCUCGGAGUUUUGAUCCUAGAAGUCCUAACAGGAAGAUACCCAUCAAAUACCUCGCCAAAGGAAAGGGGAAAUGAGACCGAUUUGGCAGCUUGGGUUCAAUCUAUUGAUAGAGCGGACUGGAAGGCUGAAGUGUUUGAUAAAGAGAUGGCAGGCAAAAAAAACCGUGAAGAUCAGUUGAUAAAGCUUUUAGAAGUAGCUUUGGGUUGUUGUGAACCAGACAUGGAAAAGAGGUGGGAGAUCAAAGAGGCGGUUGAGAGGAUUGAAAAGAUAAAGGAAUAGGAUGAGGAUGCAUGACGAGAUGAAGAUGAAGAAGACGUGACUUCUACUGCUCUGGUGCUUUCAACAACUAUCCAAGAAUUUGCUUGAUUUCAUCCCACCACCGGUAGUCCCAUGGUAUACUGCUAUACUAUUCUAGAUUUCCCAGCUGGAUUUUGACUUCUUCGAGUACUGAGAAAGCUAUGGAGUAAAAUUAUAAGGUAGGAUUUAUAUAAUUUUGCAGAGUUCAGAAGGAAUGGGAAAUUUUGGUUCAUCAUGUAUAGAUGUUAUAAAUUAAAAUGGGGGUGGGAAUAAGGGUUUGUCAAUUUAGCUAUUGAUUUCAUACAUUAUAUCGUAGCCAAUUGGGUAGGAUUUUUUAUUUUCUUCCAGUCUGAUCAUGCCAUAUGAUUGAAACUGGUAAUGUUAUCGUUAAAUUCACAGGUCCGUGUGGAUAUACUAAUCAACAAAACUUAUUCAAAUAUCCUUCCUAUUUCAUUAGGAACAUAUGAUC